CCAGGAGAAGUAAAUCAAUCAAUCCCCAAAGAUCAAAGUCGUGCUUAAUUAGGGCAGCAACCUUCCCUUGAAAUGCACUCAUUUCAUUUCAUAUCAUAAACCAAAUCCACCAGCAACACUAACAUCUCACCCAAUUCUCUGUGAAUCAAACCCCAUAUAGAUCUUUUCCCACAAAACCCAUGUCCUCAACCCACUAGUCCAAUUCUCUCAAAGAUCAAAGCUUUUCACUCUAAAUUGACCAUGGUGGAGACCUUACCCUUGGGGCGGUUCCACCACCAUAGACUCGACCUGAAGCGGUGGCUCCCUUCCUUCUUGUCCUCCCACAAAACCCUCUUCACCGUUCUCUGGAUCGCCGCCUUCGCAUCGGUUUUCGUGUGGCAGAGGAACAUUGUAGAUGGGUUCUCGUUUUUCCGGCGAGUUCCGGCCAGAGCCAUGCCGAGGCUGAGACCGGCGGCGUUUAACUUGACGGAUUUUGGGGCGGUGGGUGAUGGUGUUACUUUGAACACUGAGGCGUUUGAGAAGGCUGUGUUGGCUAUUUCAAAGCUGGGGAAGAAGGGUGGUGGUCAGCUCAAUGUGCCUCCUGGCCGGUGGCUCACGGCGCCGUUUAAUCUCACUAGUCAUAUGACUCUGUUUCUUGCUCAAGAUGCUGAGAUACUUGGAAUGCAGGAUGAGAAGUAUUGGCCUUUGAUGCCUCCACUGCCUUCAUAUGGGUAUGGAAGAGAGCACCCUGGGCCUCGGUAUGGAAGCUUGAUUCAUGGUCAAAAUCUUAAAGAUAUUGUUAUAACAGGACAUAAUGGUACCAUUAACGGUCAGGGUCAAACAUGGUGGAAGAAGUAUCGCCAGAAGCUUCUCAAUCACACGCGGGGUCCACUUGUUCAGAUUAUGUGGUCAAGCGACAUUGUAAUCACUAAUAUAACUUUACGAGAUUCUCCUUUUUGGACACUUCAUCCAUAUGACUGCAAGAAUAUUACAAUUAGAAAUGUUACAAUCCUGGCUCCCAUAUUUGAAGCUCCAAAUACUGAUGGAAUAGAUCCUGAUUCCUGUGAGGAUAUGGUGAUUGAGGACUGUUACAUAAGUGUGGGGGAUGACGGAAUUGCAAUAAAGAGUGGCUGGGAUCAGUACGGAAUUGCUUACGGACGGCCAUCAAAAAAUAUACUCAUUCGUAACCUUGUGGUCCGCUCUAUGGUCAGCGCUGGCAUAUCAAUAGGCAGUGAGAUGUCUGGUGGAGUUUCAAAUGUCACGGUGGAAAACCUGCUUGUGUGGAGCUCAAGGCGUGCUGUUCGGAUCAAGACCGCCCCUGGAAGAGGUGGAUAUGUGCGUCACAUAACCUACAGGAAUCUGACGUUUGACAAUGUUCGAGUUGGAAUAGUUAUCAAGACAGACUACAAUGAGCACCCUGAUGAUGGCUACGAUCGAAAGGCUUUUCCGGUGCUUAGGGACAUAAGCUUCACAAGCAUCCACGGACAGGGAGUUCGCGUGCCUGUCCGUAUCCAUGGGAGUGAAGAGAUUCUGAUAAGAAAUGUGACUUUUCGAGAUAUGUCAGUGGGGAUUACAUACAAAAAGAAGCAUAUUUUCCAGUGUGCCUUUGUUCAAGGUCGUGUAAUAGGGACCAUCUUCCCUUCUCCUUGUGAAAAUCUUGACCGGUAUGAUGAGCAAGAAAAGCUGGUGAAGCACUCUGUCUCCCAGAACAUGACAGACAUAGAUUAUGAUUUUUGAGGUGAGCUCUCCAUAUCAAUGGUUUAUACUUGUGGAGGGUCCUCAACAACUUCAAGACCUGUGUGGGAGGCGCAACUUGGGACGAUGAAGAUGGAGCUGUUUGUGUUAUUUUUCCAUUUUCCAUUUCUCACUCCCAUCUUAUAGCUUUUUUUUUUAUGACAUGGAGUUGUAUAUACCGAAAAUUUUCAGUUCACUAAGAAAGGCACAGUUUGAUGUUGUCAUGU